AAAUUGAACAGUGAAAACAAGCAAAUCAGUGGUUUUGCAGUCCACACUUUGAUAUAUCUAUGUAUAGAUGUAGCCUUUAUCUUAUUUGUUUGUCUUUUUUUAUUUUGAUUCCUUGAAAAUCAAUUUCACAAUCAAAAUCCAAAGUCCAUUUCUGCAUAUGGCAUAAAUGACAAAUUCAUACUAAAAAAUUUAACAUGCAAUGUGAUUACUGAUUUUUUGGGGUGGUCCUGUUAUUUCUACCCGAUUGCAACAAACUAUUUAUGUCUUCACAGACAGAGUUCCUCUAUUUAUUUAUUGAUUGAUCUUUUUUUAUUAUUAUUAUUAUUUUUAUAAAGCAACACGUAGGCCUCGUUGAUUUCCUAUUAACUGUUUUAUCCAUCAAAAACUGAAAAUGUAAACCUGGAAUCCUGUAUUGACCAAGGAAUUCAAAUAAAUUGAGCUUAGAAACUUAGAAAAGACUUAGAUAAGAAAACAAAUCUGAACGUUUCUCCUAUACUUUCAGUUCCGGUAAAAAAAAUAAAAUAAAAUAAAAAAAUAAAAAAAAAAUAAAUAAAAAAAAACGAAAAAAAAAAACUUUCCCAUAAACAAUGGGAAACCUAGAAAAGGUCAAACAUCGGCAUGCUUGGAAAAUUUCUAAAAUUUCCACGCAACUUCGGCAGCUCGUUGACAGUAAAUAACACCUAUGCUUUCCACGGGGCCAUUUUUUUCUCUGGAUGUUUCUAAGAGAACUCCGUUGUCUGAUUGGUGUAGCCAACUGUCAAUAAUCUUCAAGUGACCAAUCAUAAGCUUUGUUUACGGGGCGUGCUACCAGAUUCGCUCUGAUUGGUCGCUCAGCACCACAGCCCUACAGUGAAUCAACAUCGUCGAAGAAUCAACUGCUUGUGAACGUUAUUGGUGAAGGCGGCGAAUUCCGUUCUUAUUGUAGACACUUCUCAAAGGAUUCGAGCACAAAGGUCCUAAUUAGGGUAUGUUCGAAAAUAUGAGGGUGCCAUUAUUUAUUUAUUUAUUUCUACAGAGCUGAAAGAGAAGGCCUCAAAAAUGGUGUGGACAUCUUUACGCUCCUGUUGUGGUGAUGUCCUGUGCCUGUCUUGCCCGCCUGACCAGGUCCAGUGGUCUUGUACAGAAGGCUUUGGUCCCGCUGCUUUUCCAGCAUGAAAACUUCCCAGAGCUGACACACUUCCACAGGAAACUUUUCGGACCUUCGAGGAGACAGUACAGCAGCUCGCGCUUUGAUCCGGACAGUAGCGGCCGCCCUACCACUUGGGAUUCGUUUGGCAUCUGGGAUGAUCGCAUUGAUGAGCCUAUACUGCUUCCUCCCAGCAUCCGUUAUGGCAAAAUCAUUCCUAAUGUUAACUUAAUGAAGGUUGGCUGUGCCUCCCUCAUUGGACAGCGGAAAGAGAAUGAAGACCGAUUCCAAGUGUCCCAAAUGACUGAAAACAUUCACUACUUUGCUGUAUUUGAUGGACAUGGUGGACCAGAGGCAGCUGAUUUCUGUGAAAAAUACAUGGAGAAAUACAUCAAGAGUUUCCUGGCAGAAGACGACAAUUUGGAGAUGGUUUUAACAAAAGCCUUCCUUGAAAUAGACAAAGCUUUUGCGAAGCACUUGCACUUCUUUCCAAAUGGACCGGGGAUAAAUUCAGGAACCACUGCCACUGUGGCUCUGCUGAGGGACGGCAUCGAACUGGUGGUCGCCAGUGUGGGGGACAGCCGCGCCAUGUUGUGCCGAAAGGGCAAAGCCGUUAAACUGACAGUGGAUCACACCCCAGAGAGAAAGGAUGAGAAAGAAAGGGUAAAAAGGAGUGGGGGUUUUAUCACUUGGAACAGUCUGGGACAGCCCAACGUGAACGGGAGGUUGGCAAUGACUCGCAGCAUCGGAGACUUGGACUUGAAAAAGACAGGAGUCAUUGCGGAGCCUGAGACCAAAAGAAUCUUGCUACAUCAUGUCCAUGACUCUUUCCUGGCGCUGACUACAGAUGGAGUUAACUUCAUCAUGAACAGCCAGGAGAUCUGCAGUAUUAUUGGCCAAUGCCACGACCCCAAAGAAGCAGCUCAGAGAAUAUCUGAUCAGGCUCUACAUUAUGGGUCGGAGGACAACAGUACAAUCAUCGUGGUGCCCUUUGGAGCGUGGGGAAAACACCGGAGUUCUGACACGCAUUUCUCCUUCAGCAGAAGCUUUGUGUCCAGCGGUCGCUGGGCGUAAUCAGAACCAAGAGCUGUGAUCUGUGGACCCAACUACUGCGUGCAAUACUUUCUAUACCCUUAAUAAUACAUAGAUGCAGGUGGCUAUAAAAUGUUGGGAAGAGCACUGCAAUGUUGGCCUUUGUCAAGUAGGUGGCAGCACAUUCAUCAUUUGCACAAAAAAACAUUCUCAUUCUCUGCAAGAUAAUGACCCCAUAGAUGCUAGUAUUUUUAGUAGUAAAGUAAACUUUACAACAAUAAUACUCACCCUGCCAAUUAGGGUUAGCAUUCCUCUUGACUCCUUUUAGCAGAUGCAAACAUUUGGCAGCACUUGAACUUGAAAACUUGAUAAUCAAUAAAUAGAAUGUUGUAUUUUAGAUAAAAUCUCACUGUACAAAUAUAGUAUAAUUUUUUAGUGUCUCUGUGACUUGAUGCCAAGUUACAUAAAUAAAUGUCUAAAUGUGUUUCAAAUACGUUUUGUGGAAUAUGUGCACCCAAACACAGCUGAGAUUCUUAAGAUGUUAGCUUGGCUAAUAUCAGUAUCACUGAAAAUGUUCUUUAAGGAAUAGGACAAAUGCAUGUCUUUGUUGUCAUGCGCUUUACUUUCUAGUCAAAAUAGCAUUUCAGAAGCUUGAGUUAACAAUACAGAAACUAGAUCCCUGAAUGAUCACCUGUUUUUGUUCUUUUUUUAGACAUUUAUUUAUCUCGUGCAAGUAUUUGCAUUGAACUGACGGCUAUCUGAGAGAUAAAAGUGUUCAGGGUAUAGACAUGUUCAAAGUAUGUUUGAAUUACAGUUAUUUAAUCACACCUACAAUUGUGUAAAUUCUUUAAAUGGUUUUUACCUUAGUUAAAUCCCUCAAAUUUGAAUCUAAUUUUCCACACUGAAAACCUUUGGUUGAAAAAGUAGUUCUUCAUUUCUACCAUCUGUGUCAGUCGGUCAGAAAAAAGCAAUCCUAAUGCAACACUAUGUUUUAUGAGCCAUGAAUGACUGUGAAUGUUUUCUUUUUAGAUUUGCAUUGCAUACUGGUUAUUAACUGUAUACUAGUCUUGACUGAUCUAAUGUUAGUUGAAGCAUUUUCCAGUACGAGGCUUUGAACUGCUUGAUGGACUGUCCAGUUAGUAUUAUCUCAUGUUCUGUGACUUUAAAACAAUUCCAUUCUUUGUAUUUAUGAACUAUGUUUUGUUGAUAAUUGUUGCAAAUUUUGCAAAACAAUCUUUUUUUGGUGGGGGAGUGUAUUACUUUUGAAUUACAUCUUGAACUAAAUGUAAUUAUAAUAAUACCAGCAUUGUACAUAAAUAAUAUUUCACUGUGUGAAUAUUUUAUUGUACUCUGUUAAAACAAGUUGCAGUAUCUCUCCUUUGUACUAUUGGAGUGUAAUGUGAUCUUUAUUGUUGGUUGGUUUCUUUAGGUGUAAAUUAUCUAAAUAAAAUAAAGAUGUCUCCAAGUUU